GAAAUAUUGUUCGAAAAGCAAUUCGUAUUUGCAUUAGUCGCAGUGUUUUUAAUCUUUGUUUACCUCUCGGUUAAGAGCUGGAAAUGCCAGACGAAAGCGAAUGAAGGAAGACAAACACAUUUCAGAUUCCUCACGUAUCAAUUAUUAUGGAAUUUAAUCUUUUGUCCUAGUAAAGCACUAAACUAUAAAAAGUUUAUUGACGUGUAUCUUCUUCAAAUGUUAGAAGGAUUUUGCUUGAUAAAUCCAAAGGAAAAAGCGAUAAAAAUUUCUGUCAACGGAAGUAAUUAUUUUCUGUUUUCUCAUCCCGAAACAAUUGAAAAAGUAUUGAAAAGUUAUAACACGAUUAACAAAGAUACCUUUUAUAAUAAGUUCCGUUUUUUAAUCGGAACAGGACUCAUUACUAGCUCUUACAACAAAUGGAAGACACGAAGAAAGAUGUUAAAUCCUGCAUUUCACUUUCGAAUUCUCGAAGAUUUCCAAGAAAUCUUUUAUAGAAAGUCGGAAACUUUUGUGCAGAAAUUAAAAAAUAAACGUGAAUCCGAGGUGUUUGACAUAAUUCAAUUAACUUCACGUUGCACUUUGGAUGUAAUUGCGGAAUCUGCAAUGGGGAUUCAUAUAAACGCUCAAGAUGAUUCCAACACCGAAUAUGUACAAGCUGUCGAACGGGUUACAUCAAAGUUUGCUGAUUUAUUUAUGCAACCUUGGUUUUGGUUACGUCCUUUCUCUUACUUCUACCCAUUGAUAAAAGUCAUCAAGAAGUGUAGAAGAAUAGUUCAUCAACUUCACUUAAAGGUAAUCAAAGAAAGAACAGAAUUAAUCAAACGAAUUCAACACAUGGAUGAUUUUCAAGGAGAGGAAAAGACUUUAGGAAUAAAGAAGAAAAGAGCUUUUCUGGAUUUGCUUCUGUUUCAUCACCUGACAGAUGGAACUCUUUCUGAAAAAGAUGUCAAAGAGGAAGUCGACACAUUUAUGAUUGCUGGAUUCCAUACCGUAACCGUGGGUAUCGGCUGGACUUUAUAUUUUUUAGGAUUGCAUCAAGACAUUCAAGAAAAGGUGUUUGAAGAAUUGAAAGGGAUUUUCGCUGAAGAGGAAGAUAGAAUGAUAAAUACAGAAGACUUAAGAAAGAUGAAUUACUUGGAAUGUGUAAUUAAGGAAUCGAACAGAAUUUAUCCACCUGUUCCAUUAAUUAUCAGAAGAAACAUUUCAGAAAUGAAAGUAGGAGACAUUAUAUUACCACCAAACUCUUCCAUUAUGAUAAAUAUUCACGCACUUCAUCACAAUCCGACCGUCUACGAGAAUCCAGAAAUUUUCCAUCCGGAUCGAUUUCUUCCAGAGAAUUUCCAGAAACGUCAUCCGUACGCAUUUUUACCUUUUUCUGCCGGUCCACGUAAUUGCAUCGGUCAAAAAUUCGCCACGAUGGAGAUGAAGACUGUCCUGGCCAACGUCAUUCGAAAUUUUAAAGUUUAUUCAGUGAAUCCUCGCGACAAAAUGUUCGAAAGUUCAGAUAUCGUUCUGCGAUCAAAAUAUGGAAUAAGAAUGUAUAUUGAACGGCGGUGAGGUUUUAAGGCAUAUGCGUAUGACAUUAUCAUUAUUACUUCUGAAAAAUAAAAUGAUUUAAUGGGCUGAAUUUUAUGUCGAUAUAAUAGACUUAUAUACGUUGUGUGAAGUUUUUAUUACUAAUAUAUAAACAUUGGAAACUCAAUUUCUAAAUUAAAUUAGAGAAUACGAAGUUUAGGCAAACAUAAAGUUAGCUUAAAUAAGGUUAGGGAUAUUCUGUAAAUGGAAAAAAAUCGCGAUCCACUUACUGAAUUAAAGUAAACUUAUCUGUAGUUUUCAACGUAAUCUCCCUGAUUUGAGAUGCACGGUCGAGAUGGAUCGUCGGAGUAAGUGCAUCUCAAACCAGAUUGUGGAUGACCCAGAGGAAUAUUUUUUCUGUUUUUAGGUGUGGCUACUCUGAAAUAGUAUAUGUCAUAUCCUAAUUAAUUUCACAUUUUUUUCGGCCAAGAUAUUUUUUUUUGCAAAUGCAAAGAGAUGACAGAAGAGUGCAUGGUCUAGAUUGUAUGAGGAUGUGUUGUUCCAUUUUAAUUUUUGGAUGUCAUACACGAUAAAACGA